AGGCUGGCGCAAAUUCCAACAGAAGAGGAAGAAGGACGCCACUACAGCUUGUGGGUAAUUUACGGAGUGUGGUGUGGUAAGCGUGGACGAGUGUGGACGAGCGAGGACCCUGCGUGGACCCUGCGUGGACUCACAGAGUGUCCUCUCGAGGCCGCGCGUGGACUUGAUGUAUUGAACAGUGGGACAGCGCUCAUCACGCACGCACUCUCCGGGAACGCGCCCUUUGGUUCAGCACGCGUGCGGCACAGUGUGGACCCGGAGCUCACAGUGAUACAGUGAAGUCAGCUGUGAUGGCCAAACUCCAGGGCUUUGAGUUCUGGAGUAAGACCCUGAACGAAGCACGCUUUGUGGUGGCCCCCAUGGUGGACCAGAGCGAGCUGGCCUGGCGCCUGCUGAGCCGCCGUCAUGGUGCCCAGCUCUGCUACACCCCCAUGCUGCACGCUCAGGUGUUUGUGCGUGACGCCAACUACAGGCGAGAGAAUCUCUACAGUGAGGUUUGCAAGGAGGACAGACCUCUCAUCACACAGUUUUGUGCCAAUGAUCCAGAAGUGUUCCUCGAGGCGGCCCUACUAGCCCAGGACUACUGCGACGCCAUCGACCUCAACCUGGGCUGUCCACAGAUGAUAGCAAAGAGAGGGCACUAUGGAGUCUUCUUACAAGAUGAAUGGGAGCUGUUGGAGAAAAUGAUCAGGUUAGCCAAUGAGAAGCUCUCGGUGCCCAUCACAUGUAAGAUCCGUGUGUUCAAGGAGAUGGAAAGGACGGUGUCGUACGCCCAGAUGCUGGAGAAAGCUGGAUGUCAGCUGCUCACAAUACAUGGCAGAACCAAAGACCAGAAAGGAGCCAUGACGGGUAUCGCUAACUGGGAGCACAUCAAGGCAGUGCGGAAGGCAGUUAAUAUUCCAGUGUUUGCUAAUGGAAACAUUCAGCACCUGAGUGAUGUGGAGCGCUGCAUUCAGGAGACGGGGGUUCAGGGUGUUAUGAGCGCAGAGGGGAACCUCCAUAACCCUGCACUGUUUGAGGGCCACAGCCCUCCAGUGUGGGAGAUGGCUGAGGAGUAUCUGGAGCUGGUGAAGCAGUAUCCUCCCUGCACUCUGUCCUAUGUACGAGCCCACCUCUUCAAGCUGUGGCACCACACGCUACAGAUACACCAGGACCUGAGGGAGGAGUUGGCCAAGGUGAAGAACCUCGAAAGUUUGGCCGAUGUCAGCAAAAAGCUGAGGCUGCGCUGCCAGGAGGAGAUAGCCAAAGGAAAGGACGUGGAAGAGAAGGAGGGCAGCCUGCCCUUCCCCCACUGGAUCUGCCAGCCAUACGUUAGACCAGUGCCAAAGGAGCCAGUUGCCAAUGGCAACAGCAAGGGUUCAGAGGUAAAGAAGACAGUUUGUCAGAAAAGAGCGCUGGAGGACACUGAUGGGUCCUCUGACACACUCUCCAAAAACAAGCAGAAAAAGAGAUCCCGCAACCCCAAGAAGAACUUCUGUCCCGAGCAGAAACCCAAGUACAUCAAAUGUGAACAGUGUGGCAACCCAAAGGGAAAUAAAUGUGUUUUCAACCUGUGUCGAGGCUGCUGUAAGAAAAAGGCCUACAAGGAGGUGGCAGACUGUCCAAGUCAUGGGCUGAGGUUCAAGACCAAGGCGGAGAAACAGAAAGCUGACGAGGAAAAUGGGAAGGACGCCUCAGAGACGGAGAGAAGCCGCAGCUCCCCUGAGCCUGUUCUACCGCCAAGUACAGAGCAGCAAGAGCAGUCACAGGCACAUCUACCGCAAUGAGCAGGACUCAAGCUAUCUCUACAUGCACAGAGCGAUUCUGAGGUGUCACAUGUAGAAGUCUUAAGUUCAGAUGUUCAUCAUCUGUUGUGUGUUCUUACUUAGAUCUACCUUGCUGGCGAUGUGCAUGUAGAGGUACGCAACGAUAAGUCUCACAAUUAUUCUCCAGGACUUUCUUGACCGGACUGAUGGUGAAAUAGAGAAACUGAUCAAUAGACCAAAACCAUGAAGUAAAGGAAUAUUUUUUUAUUGGACGUGGAUUUCCAGGACAAUAAUUAGCUUGGUAUUUUUUGGAAGGUUGGGAGGUUUCCUCAUCAAAACGAAUGAAUUCUCUACCAGCUGUCAUUUUAUUUUUUAAGUUGGAUUUUAUGUGGAUAAUGUUUGGACUUUAUUUUGGCCAAAUCUGUUACUAAGCCACCAAAGAUUCAGUAACUUUCAGGCUGAUGGAAUUCUUUUAUUGAUUUCAUUUAAGGUUAUGAAUGUGGUUGCAUCUUCAACUAUUUAUUUGGGGUUUUAGGUUUGCCUGUAGUGCUUUGACCAUAUGUGCCUUUGGAUGUGAAAUACCACUGCCUAUUCAGAUAAGAACUUCCGCUUGUGAGAACACCAUCUGGUGCUGUGCAGGACGAGCUCAGUGACUCCACAGUCCUGUAGCUGCUAUGAACACUAUAAUAUUUUUGGCAAAGGUUUUUCUUUCUUUUUUUAGAUAUACAUUUCUCUUGUAAGGCUGAUGAAAAGACUGGUGUUGUCAGUAUGGACAAUAUGUACAUAGACAGAAAAUAUAUAAAAGUAGCAUCAGUCUAUUUGUCAUACUCUGGACAAAGAGUAUUUCCCAAAUUGUGAAACUCUCCCUAUAACUGAAUUUGUCAGAUAUGUAAGACUCAUUCCCCAAAUCUUCUGUAUGAUGUUCUUAAAACGUGUUGGGGGAAGGAAGUAAAUCCUUUUUUUUUCAAUGCUUUUAAUUAAACAUCGCCGUCAUAAAGUUUCAGUAUUACUGACUAAGCUUCAUCUUUCUGGUGGUACCAGUCUUUUCACUGAGCUGUCGGCAAGAUCUGUCAAGAAAAGUCAUUCCUUAACUUACAAUGUCAACCUAAAAUCUCAUGUUCCAAGAUCCAUCCAACAAAUCAUGAAUCUACUUGAGAGUUGCUGUUGCCUGAUGAAACGUAACUAUAACAUUUGAGCUGGUUAAGUCUGGUUGGACCAGAUUGCAGCGGAGGAGGCUGCCGUUCUUCAAACACGAGUAAAUGUAAACCUCUGAAGUUUCCAACAGAAGAUGAUGUUUGAAAAAGUAAACUGGUAAAAAAAAAAUGUUUCAAGAAAGACACUCGGUGAAAUGUGCUCAAUAGUUUUUUUCAUAAUCUUGCUGACAGAGAAAAACAACAAUGAAAAUAUAACCUAUUUGGUGGAAGUUUUUGGAUAAAUAAAAAAAUGCUCCAGCAACACACAAC